CAAAGAGAAAAAUGAGAUCAAGACAAGAAAAAUCGCCUUUCAUAUGAGAUCAAAAAACCUUAGAUUCGAUUCUCAUCGGGAAUGUGUUCUCUCUUUAUCUACUCACAUUUUUUAGAAGCAAAGAAAUUAUCAGAGAUCUCUCUUGAUCGCUAUUUAAAACCCCUUGCUUGAGUCACCAAUCCAAUAUUUUCCCAUCGACCACCACGAACGAUCAAGUGAGAAUGUCCAUUUCUGCUCCCAGCAAAAAAGAAGUCAGCUUUCUCAAGACCUGCAUCAAUGGCAUCAACACUAUAUCAGGCAUCUUAUCAGUCCCCUAUGCUCUAUCGUCAGCUGGUUGGUUAAGCCUUCCCCUAUUAAUUGUGAUCGCGGUCUGUGCUUACUUCACUUGCAACUUACUCCGCCGGUGCCUUGACUCUGACCCGAAAAUCUCCAGUUACUCUGACAUUGCUGGUCGUGCAUUCAGGCGGAAAGGAUGGAUUAUAGCAUCCAUUAUCAUAUGCCUUGAGCUCUACCUAGUGGCAACAGGAUUCCUUAUACUUGAAGGCGAUAACAUGAACAAAUUAUCCCCCAACUUUCAACUAAAACUCGAGCUACUGAAAAUCGAGGGGAGGCACGCCUUUGUUAUUAUCUCGGGUUUGAUCAUAUUGCCCUCCGUGUGGCUAAAUGACUUGGGCGUCUUGUCAUAUAUUUCGGCUGGAGGGGUUUUAUCAUCAAUAGUUAUCGUGAUUUGUGUUCUCUCAGUUGGCUUCACGAGAGAAGUUGGGUUUCACCCUGAGGAGAAGGUGAUCAGCUUGAGGGGAAUGCCCCUAGCAUUGAGCUCGUACACAUUUUGCUAUGGAUCUCAUGCUGUUUUCCCCACUAUAUAUUCUUCCAUGAACAAGAAAGGACAGUUCUCAAAGGUCUUGUGGCUGAGUUUCUUUGUUUGCGCAACAAUCAGCUUCUUGAUGGCCGUACUAGGCUACCUUAUUUACGGACACAACAUUCAUCCCCGGAUAACCCUAAACCUUCCUGCCGAGAAGUUCGCGUCAUAGGUUGCGAUAUACACCACACUGGUCGGCCCAAUUGCAAAAUACAUUCUCACGAUAAUGCCAAUUGCAUCUGCCCUGGAGAGCUUGCUGCCUCUAAGGUAUAGAAACUGGAAGUUGACCCGAAUUAUGAUCAACACAGCUCUACUCGUCAGCACCGUGGUUCUGGCAAUUGCAUUCCCCUCCUUCCAGAGUCUUGCAUCACUGAUCGGGGCAAUCAUGAUAGUGCUUGUCUCUUUCGUGAUCCCUUGUGUUUGCUAUGUGAAGAUCUUCGAAGUAUACCGGAGUUGGGGAACAGAGUUUUAGGUAUCCCAGUGUUGAUAUUCUUGGCAAUCUUUGUUGGGGUUUCUGGUACUUACUCAUCUAUAGUUUAAACCAUACAUGAUGCUUAGGUUACCUGAGGAAGGCUUUUCAAUUGGCCAGGAAUGAAGAACUUUAGAUUCCUAUGUAUGGAACAUUACCCAUUACCUAUGAGCUUAUU